AAACACAUUGCACCGUGUGUUUGUAAACAAAGCACCGGAAAAGCCGCAAAAAUAAUUAAUCGUGCCGCGAGGAGAAAGAAUUAGUGUAAAAGUGUAAAUUAGCCUAUUAAAAUAUAAUCUAAUUUAUUAUUAGCUGUUUAAGGUAGUUAUAGAUUGUUUGGUGAAACAUUUCAUCCAUAUAGCUUGUAGCCAACAUGAGCACCUUAGCAAGAAACUCCACACUAUUCCGACUGGGGCGAACGAUGUUAGCGAAAAGAGCAUGCUUACGCAGCCAAUUCUUCAGCAGUCUAAAAAAUGCAGCCCACCUUAAGGAGGGUCCAUCUUUGCAAGACUUUAUUCGCAGCUCAACCGACCCCGGAAGCGUCUACAUUGCCAGCCGCAAUGAGCCCGUACCUUACAUUGCACCUGAAACGCUCCGUGGACAGAAAAGGAAAGUGUUUCUCGAGGUGUACGGUUGCCAGAUGAAUGCCAGCGAUACGGAGAUCGUAUGGUCCAUCCUAAAGACGCACGACUACCAACGGACGGUAAACGUAAAGGAGGCGGACAUUGUCCUCAUGAUGACAUGCGCGAUACGGGAAGGGGCCGAAGAUACGGUUUGGAAUCGGCUUAAACACUUACGCCAGCUGAAACAGAAACGUGAAGCAAACGAUGACCGUCCCCUACAGAUCGGUGUGCUCGGAUGUAUGGCGGAACGGUUAAAAAAGCAGCUGGUAGAAAAGGAACACUCCGUGGACGUUGUGGCUGGGCCGGAUGCGUACAAGGAUUUGCCCCGGCUGCUAGCGAUCGGACAGAAAGGCCAGAAAGCGAUAAAUGUACUGCUUUCGCUGGAUGAAACGUACGCGGAUGUGGUUCCGGUAAAGCUAGAUCGUAAGUCGAAAACGGCUUACGUUUCCAUCAUGCGUGGUUGCGAUAACAUGUGCUCGUACUGUAUCGUUCCCUUUACCCGCGGGAAGGAACGCUCGCGCCCAAUCAAAUCGAUCCGCGAUGAAGUGUUGCAGCUGGAAAAUGAAGGCAUACGGGAAAUAACGUUGCUGGGACAGAAUGUGAACAGCUAUCGUGAUACGAGCGGUCAAAUGCCCGGAGAUGCGCCCAAAGAGGCAACGCUGCUAGCACCCGGGUUCCGUACCGUUUACAAAAGCAAGCUGGGUGGCCUUCGAUUUGCCGAAUUGCUUUCCGAGCUGGCCGAGGCUGUCCCCGAGAUGCGGAUCCGCUUUACAUCGCCCCACCCGAAAGAUUUCCCGCGGGAUGUGCUGGAAACGAUCGCAAAGUACCCGAACGUUUGCAACAGCUUACACUUACCGGCCCAAUCGGGCAAUACGCAGGUGUUGGAACGCAUGAGACGGGGCUAUACACGGGAAGCGUAUUUAAACCUCGUAAAGGAAGUGCGUACCAUCAUACCGAACGUAACGCUGUCGAGUGAUUUCAUCUGCGGGUUCUGUGGCGAAACGGAGCCCGAAUUUGCCGAUACGGUUACGCUUAUCGAGUCGGUUGGCUAUCACGCAGCGUUCCUGUUUGCUUACAGUAUGCGUGAAAAAACUACAGCCCACCGGCGAUACAGUGAUGAUGUACCGGGGGAUGUAAAGCAGGAACGUCUUCGCAGGAUGAUUGUAGCUUUCCGGAGCGAAGCGGAACGUUUAAAUCGACAGUUUAUCGAUCGGACGGAACUGAUACUGGUGGAAGGAUACAGUAAACGAUCGCGCACGGAUCUUGCCGGUCGAAACGAUGGAAAUGUCAAAGUAAUUAUACCGGCCGGUCCGAUACGGUCCAAUCGGGAGGGCAAUUGUAACGAUUUAAGGCCGAUCGGAGUUGGGGAUUACGUUGCGGUACGAAUCAGUGAAUCAAACUCACAGAUCCUGAAGGGCGAACCGUUGUACCAUACGACGUUGCGGGAGUUUUACGCUGUUCGAUGACUGUACCUUAAUAAUUAGGAUGAUUGUUCGUUACGGUUUUAGUUGUUCAAGCUACAAUAUAUCCUCGGUUUUAAUAUUUGUUUAAAACAACC